AUGGAGACUGGUGGAGAUAUGUUCAACAGACGUAUCUCCAAGUGGUUGUUUACUCUUCUCCUUUUGGGUGGCCUCUUUACUGUUAGCAAGGAAUUCCAGAAAAGAGAGCUGCCAAAAGCAACGGUCGUAAUAGAGGAGACAGUAAAAGUUGAGACCAAAAUUCCAGAUUUCUAUUUUAAUCCUCUUUCGGAAUAUGAAGGUCUUUCAAGAGAUCAAGUGGUGAAGAAAAACUAUGACAAGCUUGUGAAGAUUAUGGAAACUCCUAUUGACGAGCCUAAGGGGGUGUUAACAAGAAGCAAUGGUGAUCGGGCGAAUGCAACUAUGAUGGUCCUUGCCAAAAAUUCCGACUUGAAAGGUGUUUUGUAUACCUUAGAUCAGAUUGAAUCCACCUUCAACAAGAAAUUCCACUAUCCUUAUGUAUUCUUGAACGACAAUGCGUUCAGUGAGCAUUUCAAGAGUGCAAUUAGAAAGCACACAGAUUCAGAAUGCUAUUUUGAGACAAUAGAUCCGUCCAUUUGGAAUCAACCAGAUUGGAUUGACCCUGUCAAGCAACAGAAGUUGAUGUCAGUCUUGAAAAGUCAAAACAUUCAGUAUGCCAACAAAAUUUCCUAUCAUAAUAUGUGCCGCUUCUACUCCAUGAGUUUUUAUAACCAUCCAAGAAUGCAGCAGUUUCGUUACUACUGGAGAUUUGAGCCAAACACAGACUAUUUCACCAAUAUAGACUACGAUGUUUUUAAAUUUAUGGAAGAUAAUGAUAAAAUAUAUGGGUUUACUAUUGCAUUGUACGAUGCGCACGAAACAGUGAAAACGCUAUGGACAGAAACCAAAGCUUUCAUAGGUUCACAUCCAGAAUACGUGCAUCCAAAUAGUGCAGCUUCGUUUAUAAGUGAGAAUUUACAGAACCCUGAAAAAACUGAGUAUACCCAAGGAUACUCAACAUGCCACUUUUGGUCCAAUUUUGAAAUUGGAGAUAUGGAGUUCUACAGGUCGGAGGCCUACACAGAAUGGAUGAAACAUUUGGAUGAGGCUGGUGGGUUCUAUUAUGAACGUUGGGGAGACGCUCCGGUUCAUUCUCUUGGUGUUUCUCUCUUUGCCGAUAAGAAAAAGGUACAUUGGUUUAGGGAUAUCGGUUACAGACAUCAUCCGUAUACAAAUUGUCCAACCUCUCGUAAAUGUAAAGGUUGCACACCUGGUGAAUUUUGUUGGGAAGGUAUUCGUGACCAAAACUGCCUCACCAAUUGGUGGAACUAUGAAAUGGAUGAGCAGGAUAGAUCAGUAUACUAG